UUUUCAGCAAACGUAAAUAUCAUUUAUACGGUUAUUUUGUUUUUACCAUUCUGCUCCAUAACAAUUCUGCUCCAUAGAAACCACAGCAAACGUAUUCUUCUUCAUUCUUUGUUAUUCUGCAACGCUUCAAGAAUUAAAUAUCAGAAAAUGGAAAUAGGAAAUAAGGUUUACCUAAAUAACAUUGACCAGAUAGAUGAAAAAUCGCAUAUCAAGGUUCGGGUGCUUAAAAUUUGGAACUUUGUCAGAAAUAAUAAAGUUUGUUCCAUUGAAAUGAUCAUCAUGGAUGAGGAGGGUACACAAUACCAAGCUCGUGUCUUCAAUCAGAAUUUCUCCAGAUUUCGUCAUCUUUUAAAGGAAGAUGAAAGUUAUAUAGUUAUAAAACCCAAUAUGGCUGCUGUUACUAAUGGUUUUAGUUAUACAGGUCAUAAACAGACCUUAACUUUGGAUUGGAAAAGCAUCCUAAAAAAAUGUGAUGAUUUCUCGGGUCCGGUCAAUGGAUUUAUGUUUGUUGACUUUAAUUCUAUCAUAGAACAAACAUGCCCAAAAGACACAUUCUUUGAUGUUAUUGGACAUAUCGUGUCAUUUAGGCCUCUUGAAACUUCAAAUCCAGUACCAUCCAAGCAUUAUAUAAAAGUCACUCUUAGCAACCUAGAUUCUGUACAUCUGAAGGUUACUAUUUUUGGAAGUCAAGCAUAUCAAAUUUCAGAAUACCUAAAAAAUAACCCGACUGUUAAUUUUGUUGUUAUCGUGAUGCAGUUUUUGAAGCUAAACAUUUGGAAUGGUCUUGGUGAAGCUAAAAGUCAUUUUGAAGUAACGAAAUUGUUCAUAAAUUCUGACAUUUAUGAAAUAAAUGAGUUUAAAAAUAAGUUGAAAUGUCAUGACAAUUUCGGUAUAACUGAAAAAAGCAUAACUACACUUCAAAGCUACUCUUCUUCAUAUACAGAUGACUUUAAGGGCAAUUUUCCAUUAAAAACAAUCUGUGAGAUCACCGAACCAAUUAAGGAAAUGAAGUUUUUAUUAGUUGCUUCCAUUGUUAAUAUAAGGCAGAAUCUACCAUGGUAUUAUGAAGCAUGCAAAAAAUGUGGAAAAAAAAUUAUCCCUGUUCCCAAAACCAAUCAUUCGUAUACCAACCCUGAGGGAAUUUCAGAAACUAUGGUUGUCGAGUGUACAAAUGCACAAUGCAAAAAAUCUGAAUUUCAGUAUAUAAUUCCAAUUAACGUACAAGAUUGUACUGGAACCAUUGGAUUGACUCUUUUUGAUAGGGAAGCAAGGAGGUUGUUAAAUAUAAGUGCCUACGAGUUGAAAAAGAUACAUGAUGCGGCCGGAGACAGUGAUGCCCUAUUUCCAAUGCAACUUAACGUGUUGAAAAACCGCAAGUUUGGUUUUGUUGUAGAUAUUACAGAAUACAAUGUCAACAACUAUAAUAACAUCUACACAGUUCUCAGAGUUACAGAAGAUAUGUCCAUUGUUUGUGAAUUGGAAAGUAAAAUAGAACUUAUGAGUAUUCAAUCUGUCUCCUUAAAUCAAGUUGCUUUGGAAUCCGAUGAUGUUGUACAGCCUGUUCAAAAGGAUGUGAUCUCACAAACAGACGAAAGUUUUACACCCUCAACAGUUGAUAAGUCAACCGCAACAAGUCCUUGCAAAAUAUCAGGUGAUUUGAAGCGCAACCUCCAAGAAAUUUAUGAUGUUGAUUCUGGAUAUGAUUUAAGUUCAACUAAGGCUAAAAGAAAGUCAACCGCAGAGGAAACUCCACUCUUGAUUCCAAAAAUUGAAAAGUGA